UUUGUUGACAGCAGACCGAAGUGGAAACUUGUGCCUCCGUAACGACCAAUCGCUUCUCAGCGGCGGAAUAGCAGCAGUUCAUAUAUCGCUGUUCGAUAUCCUAAAUAAGCAGUCAUGGUGGCUAUGGCAAAGAGAGUGAAAACCUUUCAAAUAAUCUUUUCGGACCCCAGCAAGACUUUUUACUGCGGCGGGGACAAGGUGUCCGGCCGGAUACAAGUGGAAGUGAACGAAGUGACGCGUGUGUCCGCAGUAAAGGUUCUGGCUCUGGGCUGCGCUAAGGUGGAGUACGCUAAAGGCAAGCAGCGGUGCCGACAGGAGGCCGAGUACCUCAGACAUGAAGAGGUACUGGUACUGGACGGCCAGCCCACAGACUCUGAUGGAUCAGUCGUCUUGAGGCCUGGCAACAAAUAUGAGUACAUCUUUGGAUUUGAGCUCCCCCAGCAAGGGCAGCUGGUGUCAUCAUACAAGGGGAAGUUUGGCUAUGUCCAGUACUAUGUGAAGGCCCUGAUGGAGAGGCCCCAGCAGCCCACCUUUGAGUGUAGGAAAGCCUUUGAGGUGGAGGAGCCCCUGGAUGUCAACACCCCAGACCUGCUGUCUCCCUCAGGUGGCAUGAAGGAGAAGAAAGUCACCUGCAUGUUCAUCCCUGAUGGCCAGGUGUCACUGAAUGCAAAAAUUGACCGCCGUGGUUUCUGUGAAGGCGAAGACAUCUGCAUCAACGCAAAGUUUGAGAACACCUGCUCUCGCAUUGUGGUGCCCAAGGCCGCCAUCAUCGCCAAACACACUUACCAGGCCAACGGCCGCACCAAGGUAUUCCGCCAGAAGUUGUCUUCGGUGCGCGGCAACCACAUAAUCUCCGGCAUGUGUGACGCCUGGCAAGGAAAGACCAUCAGGGUGCCAAAGAUCAAACCCUCUAUGCUGGGCUGCAACAUAAUCCGUGUGGAGUACGCUCUAAUGAUUUACAUCCACAUCCCUGGUAGUGAGAAGCUGAUACUGGAGCUGCCUCUGGUCAUUGGUACCGCUGGUCUGGGCAGCCGCAGCAACAGCGUAAGCAGCCAGGAGGGUUCGGUCAGCAACUCCUCCCAGAGCUGGGUGUCCCUCAGGAUGUCCUCUGAGCCUUCCAGCUACUGUGACCUCACCCGCGACUGCCGCCUGGACCAGCCCCUCACACCGCUCCUGGACGACGUUGACGGUGACGACAGCCCCAUCUUCAUGAACGCUUCAGCCUUUCAGUUCCCGCCAACAACGAAAUACACUGAGGCUGAGGAGGAGUACCAUGGCAAUGCUCGCAUGCUGCCGGUCUGCUGAAGUCCAGCAGGGAUUCUACAACUGUGGUCCAGCUCUCAGGGACCAUUCAUCUUAAGCACUUGAAAAGGAGCAGAAGGUCCAAACUCCAGAGAAGAUGUGUUGGAUUCAGAAGUAUAGCCAGGACUGGGGAAAUGGACAGAAAGAGGCAGGCCUGCUCUGUCUGCUGUCUUCACCGCGCUUCAUCACCUACGCUGAUCUUGAGUCUUCCACCUGGUGUCCUUCAGGUCAUGGAUACAGAGGCUGUGGCGCUCUACAUUUCUGAAUAAGCUGUCCCUUCCAGAGACUCAAACUUUCAGGGUCUCACUGUCCAUUCACAGACACUUUAUGACUUUGUUUUUGGGGCCAAGCAUUGUAUGAGUCAGACCUCAGCCUGCUGUGACAUCUUGCUUUUUUGGGGUUUGUCUUUUCCCCAUAAUGCAGUGUUUCCCACGGAAUUAGAGUGUAUUGAAAAGCUUCACAAAAGUUGUGAAGUUUUGAAAAAAAAAAAAAAUGUAUUUUGAUAUAUUUUUUGCAUUCUGAUUUGUUUUUCAAAUGAGGGGUUUGAGGGGAGCCAAUCUUUAUUUACAUGUAAUCUGAAGAGAAGGUCAGUCGUCUGGACCCUACAACCCACUGCUCUAAAGCCUGGCAUCACCACACAGCUAGCACGAGUUCACCUGGAAGUCCCAAACACCAGGUAUGUUAAGUCUGUUUCUCUCUGCCGUUGUUUUUUCACAUAGAACCGUGCUGGUUAAAGUUAACGCCGCUGUAAAAAGCGCUAACGUCAGCUAUCUUAGCUAACAUUAGGCUUUAUAUGAAAAACAAUGGCAGAGAGAAACAGACUUACUUACAGUCUGGGAGUUUCAGGUGAACUUGUGAAAGCUGUUGUCACAGAUGUAUGGUAAAGUCAGAGGCUUACUGCAGUAAAGCAGUCAAAGUGUGCACGGUUAGGAGGCGGCCUCUGGGCUAUUCACAGAUGGGUCCCAAUGUAAACACACAGAGAGAGAGAGAGAGAGAGAGAGAGGGAAACGGAAGGGCUGAGCCAAUCACUGCGCUGCACGCAGCUCUGCAAUAAAAUCAGAUAUUACCCAUUUUAAAAAGUAAAGAAAGACACAGUAAAUAUCUGGCAGUCAACGUUUAUAUGGUGGUGGGCCGCCACAACUAAAUUAAUGUAAGGGAAACACUGUAAUGCUUUGUCAUUCCUGUCAAACCUAUUUUUGGGGGAUUUCCCUUGAGGAAUCAUCCUUUUUGUUGAGUCCAGUCAGUUUGUGUUGCUGUAAAGAAUUGUCAGUAAUAUUGUUGCCUUUUGAGAAUUACAGCAUGUAGAAUAAUCUCCCUCGGAUGCUAAUAGAACAUCAAGCAUCUUCCAUAUUUUCUUUUGCAGCAGUGUUUAAAAAAAAAAAAAAGAGGUUUGUUCCUAUAUUUUAUUGCACUUUUUGAUUGAUGCAUUUUGCUCUACUACUGCCUCAAAGAGUUUUUGUUUGUUAUGUUUUGUUUGAACGAUGUUUGAUGAUGGAGAGUGAAUUUUUUCUUGGUAAAACACUCUAAACUUGUUGGAACCUCACCUUGAUUUCCAAAUCCCAGCUUGGUGAUUGGCUGUUAAUUGCCAAACAUGAUCCAAACAACAUACGCGCUCCGAUAUCGUGGAGCGCACCUGAACACCUGUGAGGAUAAUCAUUGUAUCUGAUCUGCAGUUGUCAUAGACAACAUUUCGUUGUGGUGGUUUCACAACUUUUGUUCUUUCAGGGUGCAAAGAAAAUCACUGUUAAAGACUGAUUUGUGAUGAAGUAAGUUUGCAAUGCAUCCUUGAUACUUAAAAGUAUUUUUUGUAUGAAACCCUUUGGGUUACUUUUUUAUUAAAGAAAUGUUGAAAAAUA